AUGUUAAUCUUAUUGGCGAUGAAUGUAAAUCAUCAUUUAACAUCUGUAAAAGCUGGUCGAUUCUCGAAUGUGAAUUAUCCGGAACUUUUAUGCAUCACAUAUACAGGUUUAAUUUUUGGUUUAACUACACAACCACUCAAAAAAGAAGCAAUCAUUGACCAACCUGAUCCAAUGCAACUUCAAUUUAUGUCAAAAAUCAAUAAAUUAAAUGAAGAAAUUUCCGAUUUAGAAAAUCAAUUACAACUGAUGAAAUCGAAUCAAAAUCAAUUAGAAAAAGAGCAAAUCAUUUUAAUGCCGCUGGAAUUAGAUUAUAAAUUUUAUUUAAAUAAAGAAUUAUCAGCUUAUUGUUUAAAUAUAGAAACUCAAAUACCAAUUGAUCAUAUAUUAAUACAAAGUGAUUGUCUUAUUGAUUUAUUUGAUGUGGAAGAGAAUACUGCUGUCAGCAGUUCAAGUGAAUGUACAAAGGGUGAUGGCAAUGUAUUAUUAACAACUUAUCGAUGUCAAGUGAAUACAACACAAUUUGACGCGCAAUUUCGUACAAUCGAAGGUCAAUAUGGUCAUUUAUCAGUGUAUAUUGUGCCGAAAAUGAAUUUAUCAACUAUAAUUACUUGUAAAUGUAUCAAAUUAAUAAUAUAUCCAUUAUCAUUAGAUUGUUUAAUUCAUCGUAUCGAUGAUGAUCCUUGCAAACGAUAUUGGAAUAGUUUACAAUUAACUGGAAAUUUCUCUUUAACAGAAAUGCACAAUUGGUUAUUUAUGUGUUUACCUGAAACACCUGAAAGGCCUACAUUAAGCACAUCAACUACAUUUCAAUGUAAUGAUUAUAAAAGUCAAGAGAUUCAAGAAUUUGCUCAAUUGUUCUAUGAAUCAAUUUAUCUUAAAAGUCAAUUGAAAUGUGUUUAUGCAAAAGGUUAUGCUAAUAUUCAAUCGGACAAUCUAACUACAAUUGCUAUAUUGAAAGAGGUGUUAACUAGAGAAGCUACCAGAAAGAAAAUUCAAUUAUCAAUUAAAUUAGGUGAUUAA